AUGCGGUCCUCAUCCAUCCUCGCAGUCUGCGCGGCGACACUGCUGCAGACGGCUUUCUCGUCACCUAUCCACGCACAUCAUCCUCACCAAUCAUUUCCGAGUGCGCAACAAUGGCCAUUGCCCGUCGUUGGAAAGGCGUUAGAGCAACAGAUGCCGGAUGAAGACCUUCAGGAUAUCAUUUCGCAAAUAUCGCGCGACAACAUCGAGGCUACGAUCCGGAAGCUGGCAUCAUUCGGCACGCGUCACACCCUGUCAAGCCAAACUGACCCGAACCGAGGCAUCGGCGCUGCACGAACAUGGCUUACGGCUAAGUUCCAAGAAGCAGCCGAUGAGAGCGAGGGAAGGAUGACCGUAGACUGGAACAGCUUCAUCAAAUACCCCGGAGACAACGAGCGCAUCAUCUUCCCAGUAAACAUCACAACCGUCGUCGCAACACUAAAAGGCAGCGAGGACCCAGAUCGCGUCUACGUAACAGGCGGGCAUUAUGACUCGCGCAACAGCGACCCCAUCGACUACCAAGGCGACGCACCCGGUGCCGUAGACGACGCUUCAGGCGUUGCAGUCUCCCUCGAACUCGCCCGCAUCUUCGCACACUACAAGCCCAAAACAACCAUCGUGUUCACAGCCUUCGCCGGCGAAGAGCAAGGUCUCCUCGGCGCCGAGAACCUCGCCCAAACCUACAAGAAUGCAUCCGUAAAUGUAGCAGGCAUGAUAAACCUUGACAUGGUCGGCAACUCCAAAGCUUCCGACGGCACCAUCGAUCCUUACAACAUCCGCCUCUUCUGCCAGGGCACGCCUCUGACUGAGAACUCUACAAAGAUGACAUCGCGUCUUAGCAUCGGCGGCGACAACGACAGUCCUGCUCGUAACAUGGGUCGCUUCAUCUACGAAGUCGCAUCGAAUGCCUUCACGGAAAUGACAGUGCGCCUCAUCUACCGUCUCGACAGAUACAGCAGAGGCGGCGACCACCGCCCUUUCCUCGAAGCAGGCUACACAGGUGUUCGCUUCGUCCAGCCCAACGAGGACUACACGCAACAGCACCAAAACGUUACCGUACGAAAUGGAAAGCAAUACGGCGACCUGGUCGAAUGGCUGGACUUUGAGUACAACACGCGCGCCGCCAAGGUCGUUGCAUCCACUAUGUGGAGUUUAGCCAACGCACCGGGUGAGCCAACGAAUGUUGGUAUCAACACUACGACGUCCGACAACUUCAGCCAGUUCAAGUGGGACGCGCCAAAGGGGCUGCCGGUUGAGGGGUAUGAGAUUCUGUAUCGUGACACGAUUGAGCCGCAUUGGACGAAUGUUAUUGAGGUGGGGAAUGUGAGUUGGUUUAACCUUACUUCGGCGACGAUUCAUAAGGAUAAUGUUAUCUUUGGGGUGAGGAGUGUGGGAAAGGGCGGGUAUAAGAGUCCGGCUGUUCUUCCGUUUCCGUUUGGAUGUUCGAGGAACUGUUAA